AUGUCCUUGCCCGUUGACCCUACACUAGAUUGUAGUGCCGCUCAGUAUUCGCUUGAAAGUAAUCAAGGCCGACCACCACUAACCAGUAUGCCGAACCAGGAUAACAUGUACACACCAAGGAGUGCUCCACAACAACACGCGGAAGGUGCCAAUGAUUCACUUCCCAAAACAGGAUUGGAACGGUUUCGUGACUACAUCGGUCGAACAUGUUGCUCGUGUUUCUUGAAGUUACCCGUAGUUGUGAUCGUGAUCGCAAUAUGUAUCAUCGUCGCACUCCUUCUGGCCCUCAUUCCAGCAGUUGUGAUUUUGACGAGCGCUGUUGAUAGCGAAAGCCAGCGGCAAGUCUCUGAUGGAGUAGAUAUGCAGAUUAUCCGAGACACACAUCUAUUCCCAAAACCAGACCCACUGGAUGAUGAGGACGAUAUUUUGGAUGGGUUACGCCGUGACGGCGUCAGCAUCGUGCAUGGGAUUCCUUCCACAGCGCUCUUCCCUCCGAAUGUUUCACUGUGCGAAGGCUUUGGCUUUGCCUGCACUAUUCAACCAAGCAUGGUGAUCAGCACUGCGCUACGCUGCGACGGAAAAAGCGACUGUCCGGAUGGUUCGGAUGAGCUGAACUGCAGAGAGUGUCAGUCUGCGUUUUCGUGCUCGGUGUCGACCAAAUCCAAAGUCAAAGUGUGCUUGCGGGCCGAGCAGCUUUGCGAUGGAAUCACUCAUUGCCCGGACGAAUACGAUGAACACAAACACUGCAAGGAUGAAUGCGAUGACGACGAGCUGAAGUGCCCAGCGACGUCUCUCUGUCUUCCGCCAACGUCAGUUUGUGACGGAAUUGUUGACUGUGACACGGAAGAUGACGAGACAAACUGCAAAAAGUGCAAACGCGGGAGCACUGUUGACGAUAGUGAAAAAGAUGAUCAUUGGAUGAUCCCACGAAAAGCUGUUAAUAAUGGAUCACUAGCGAAGAAAACAAUCAGAUAUCAGCCGAGUUGUGAGUUUUGUGAACCGACAAAACGCUGCAUACCGGCAGGACAGAUAUGUGAUGGUAUACCACAGUGCCCUGAUGGAUCAGACGAGAAGGAAUGUGAUUGCCGUUCAUGUUCGGGAUCAGGAAAAGCGCUAUGUGCUGACGGCACGUGCCUAGAGCGUUCCAGGGUCUGCGAUGGAAUCGUGGACUGUAGCGAUGGCGCUGAUGAGGAAGACUGCCCAGGAACAUGCAUUUUGGACAAGAAUGUGAAGGUAGAUAUCAAUGUCCACUGGUAUACGGUGUGCGAUGGAAUUGAAGACUGUUCCGGUGGUGAAGAUGAACGCGACUGCAGUUGUGCGGUUUUGAAUAAAUUUGAAUGCCGCUCUGCAUCUGGGAAAACGAAAUGCAUCUCUAAGGAUAAAGUGUGUGACGGUGUAUGGGACUGUAUGGAUGGAAAGGACGAGACUAACUGUGGUUCGUGUCCCUCCAAUUCCAUCCGUUGUCCCGGAGAAGGCACAUGUAUUCCGAAGAUCUCUCGAUGUGACGGUGUAGCAGACUGCCGAGACGGUUCCGAUGAAAAGGAUUGCACAUGUGAAGAGUGCAUUGGAAAUCACUGGAAUACGUACAUGUGUGGAGCGACAUCUCAUUGCUUCAGAAGAGAAGAGGUGUGCGCUCCAUACACCUUGUGCCCAAACGCGACCAAGGCUGACAAAGUGUACUGUGCUGGAAGGGCAGUACGUGGCAUGGACUGGUUGGAGUGA